AUGUUAAAUAUUAUGCAUUAUGACCUUCAAUUUCAACUUCCAACAGCUUCAGAUAAAGACCCUUUAGUUCCAACAUUUGUUGGCACAGCAAAAUUAGAAUUUCAAUUAACUAGACAAAUACCCCCAUACGAAUCUAAACAGCAAUAUUUAAAUAAAAAUGAAAUAAUUAAAUUAACAUUUCUUUCACAAAAAUUAGAUCAAUUUGAAAAUAUUACUUUAAUUCGUUAUGGGGAAGAUGAAGAAGAAAUUAAUUUUAAUGUUGAUGUUGAAUUACGCCCUCCAUGGGAAAUUGACUUUUUAGUUCGGGAGGAAAAAGGAGGAAGGGAAAAUAAAAAACUUUUGACUGGCCGUUAUAUAUUAAAUAUUGGAAGAUUUGAAGGUAUAAUUACUUACAAUAAAGGUUUAUUCUAUAGAGAUGCUGGAGGAUUACCUUUAUUAGCAAGUAAUUUUUUCUUUGAAUUUUCGCCUUCUUUGUUUCCACAAUUGGGUGGACCUUUACAGAAAACUACAACUAAAAUUUCUUUAAUUCACCCUCACGGGACAACAGCUUUGUCUAGUAUGCACCCUCUUGGCCCAACAGAAUCUUUAAAUGAACAUUGGCAAUUAUUUUUAUUUUUUUAA